CCUAGGUUGGACGGAACCCAAGCGUCGCCUUGGUCGGACGGAACCCAGGCGUCGCCUUGGUCAGACGGAACCCAGGCGUCGCCUAGGUCGGACGCAACCCAGGCGUCGCCUGGGUUCCACUGAACCUAGCCCCUGGGUUUGAUUCCCAGCAUGCCUGGGUUCGAUGAAACCCAAGCGUUGGAUGAAGUAGGCAAGGCAGCUGUUGGGUUUUUGCAGGUGGAUGAAGAUGAGGAAGGCAUAGGUGCUGGGUUCGAUUUCGAACCCAGCAAGCAAUCGGACCCAGCAGCCGCUGGGUUCCUACAGGUGCUGGGUUCGAAAUCGAACCCAGCAAGCACUGGGUUCCGUUUCGAACCCAGCAACCGUUGGGUCAAUGGAUCAGUUGAGUUCCAUUUGUUUAUUGAUCUGUUGUUGUCUGUUGGGUUCUGUUUCAAACUCAGCAGUCGUUGAGUCGAUGGAUUUGUUGAGUUUGAUCUAUUUAUGGAUUUGUUAUUUGUUAUGUUAUCCUCAUAUUUUUACAAGUGUUGAAUUCGAUUUCAGACCUAGUAAGCGUUGGGUUUUGUUUCCAGCCCAACUGCAGUUGGAUUGAAGGAUCUAUUGAUUUCUAUCUGUUGAUUUGUUGUGUUAUUCUCAGAUUUAAUAUUAGGAAAUGUUAGGGUUUGCAGAAGGUGAAAAGGAAAGGGAGAGGAAGAAGAAAGGGUAAAGAGAAAAACAAAGAAAGAAAAAAAGAAAAAGAAAAUUUUUAA